CUGUAAUACCGACAUUACAAUACAUACAUGUUUCGAAAGCCUACUUCGUUUGAUAUAAGCCCGUAAGACGAGAAUUUUCCUGAAAAAUCCACUUUCAAGAUUCUGGUGAUUUUUCAUUCCAAUUUCUGUACUAAUUGGAAACGUCAAUAUUUUUACCGCAAAAAUACCUAUAUAAAAGUCCUGUUUCCAUAUAUUUUUUCAUCAUUCAAGUGCAAACAAUAUGGCUAAGGUUCAAGCAUUAUUAUUUGUUGCUGCAUUUUUACCCAUCCUAAUUGCUUAUCCAUUAGAAGACAGUUCUUCAACUGAAACCCACAUCAAUAAAGAUGAAGAAAAAACAGACAAAAAUAGUUACAUAGAAGAAACCUACAUCGAAGUGCUUUUACCAGGAGUUUCACGACUCAAUUCAAGCUCUAUAAAUGCUUUAUUAUCAAAAAAUAAUACAACUGAAUCAGAUGAAGAUAAAACUAUUGAUGAUAAAGAAAGCAAUGAAGAUUCGUCCAAAGAAGCUCAUCCAGGAUUAGUUUCUGCUCAAGUGAGUGCAUCUCCAAGACCACUAAGUAGAGCAGUAAGAGAUAUAACUUAUAAUCAAAACCCAGCUAAUUUAACACAAAAUGGCUCGCCUAGUAGUUUACCUGCAAACAAAAACUCACAUCCAGCAUUAUUGUCAGCAAGCCGUGCUAUUAGAGAUGUUGAUGAGGGAAAGGAAAGUAGCUCUACAACUGAAGAGCAAAAAUUGUCAACCCAAGUCAGAGAUAGUGUUGAUCAAACGCAAAGUGGAUCAACUUCAUCUACAACUGAAGCUGAUGUAGGAAAACAACAAAAAAAAGCUCAACCUAGCGAGACAUUAACUCGUGCAGCUAGAGAUGUUGCUGCUCAGAAGCAAAACAGCUUUCCAAUUGGAUCAUCAUCUACAACUGAACGGGCAGUGCUUGGUAAUAAAUUGUCUCAAUCUCAAAGUCCAUUUGCUGUUGAACAUUAAUUCCAGUUUUAAUGAGUUUAUGAGUUGAUUGUUGUAUACAGCAUUUAAUAUUAAUAAUAAAAUUUAUUUUUGUCUAAUUUUGACUUUCAUAUUUAUAUUUUAUCCGAGGAAUAA